AUGGAUCCGAGCCAACACAACCCCCCAGCCGGCCACCAGAUCAUCCACGUCCGUGGCGACUCCGAGACUGGACCUGGAGGCCCUUUUCAACGCUGUUAUGAACCCGAAAAAUACCAUCGUCCCCCCCUCCGUCCCUAUGAGGAUGAGGAAGCUUCCCGAUUCCUUCUUCAAACCGCCAGAGCCAAAAUCCCACUCCAGACAAGUAAGACGAGAGAGACCACCCUCACGCACACCCCAGCUACAGCCCUAACCCCCCAGACACUUCAGCAACUAUAAAGAGAAAAAUCCGUUCAGUUGUUUUACUUUUACCCACGCAUGUUCCUAGUCAGGAGUGUCCCAAAAACGUUAAUUAUAUUAAAUUAGAAGUUAUCUGCUGUUACCUAAAUCAAGAUGAAUCAGCUUGAGAAGGUUAAUUUUUUGAGGAGUUGUUGAAUAACUUUUUUAAGUGUUACGCAUAUGACUAGUACUACGUGCUAUUACUAUAGUUAAUUUUGUAAGUUAUUCCAAUAGUUUCAAGUUGCAGAUAUAUCUUAUGUAGGCUUCAUAUAAUGUAGUGUAUUGCAUUGGCGAAAAUUAUUAUUUAAUUAAUACACCAAGAUUAACAUAAUAUUCGUUUUAAGAUUGAUAAAAAAGUUGUUACGUUUGAUGUUUGUAAAUGAAAAGAAAAUGUCUGUGAUCGAAAAAUGGACUGCAGCCUAGGCCCUAUGCUUGCAACAGGUCCGUUUGUGCAGGAGUAGAACCUGCCGGUUUAGUUAAACAAUGCAUGCCCUUUAAUGUUAGUAAAAAGCUUACGAAAUCAUGUGGUGGGAUCACUCGUAGCCUAUUUACAAUGUUUUCCCUUUCAGUUUAUGAUCUUUAAUGAGUGAGUUGAGCCAACAGUGCGCAUGCGCGGUUUCACGGUGGCAUAGACGUGUCGGAGUAUGCGCUUUCGGGACUUCCAGAGUUGUUGUCCCUGAUUCCCUGUUCCACUUUAGCAGGCUGCUGCAGCAGCCCUCUUCUCCUCUCCUCCGUCUUUAGAAGCCGAGCAGUGAUACUAGGCCAAUUUAUUAUCACAAUGUUUGGUUAUUCAAGUUUAUGAACAGAAAGUUUGUUCUUAUUGCAUGGAACAACAACCACUUUAUUUCUUUUUUAAAUAAUAAUAAUAAUAAUAAUAAUAAUAAUAAUAAUAAUAAGCCAUUUAGCAGACGCUUUUAUCCAAAGCGACUUACAGUCAUGCGUGCAUAAAUUUUUUUGUGUAUGGGUGGUCCCGGGGAUCGAACCCACUACCUUGGCGUUACAAGCGCCAUGCUCUACCAGCUGAGCUACUCAACUCGUUAUAAACACGUGACUAUAAUGAAUUGAUUUAAUUACUUUGAAGUGAAUAGUGAGGAACAUGAUUGAACAACAUUUAAUGAGGUGUUUUGUAUACAAACUUUCCAUCAGUAAUCUGGUGUACAUUACUGGUCAUGUGCCAUUGUUAGAGUGAAUCACGGCUAUCCCAAAGACAUCCAGAGACCCACGAAUCAGACGAAGACAACGAGGAAAAAGAGAAGCCGACCUAGAAGACGUGCGACGCCUGAACCAAGAUAGACACGAUUAAGACCGCUCCGAGAACAGCACGAACGCACCCCACGCUGCACCGCGAAGCUAGACCCGCCAGAGCCCCCGCUAGCAACGACCCGAAGCACGAAACGGAAGCUGCCAACCGAGAAGCCAGCAUGAAGACCGCCGGAAAAGCAACCGAAGGACUAACCUGCAACCGCCUCAGUCGACACAGCGCGACAGCCAGAAGACGAGCCACGAGACUCACGGUACGCAAGAACCAAGACGAAUGCAGACCGCACAGACGAAGCGAAGACCGCGAAGAAUGACCUCCGCAGACCCCCCCCCCUCCAAGAGAACUCCCCCCUCCGACUCCCCCUCCGACCCACCGCGCAGCCUCCCUACUCAUCUCUCAGCUCCUACUCCGUCCUCCUACCUCCGCCUACUCCGCACUCACCUACACUCCCUCUCCUACCCGCCUCACUACCCUCCUCCUCUCUUAGUCUCCUCCUCCUCUUAAUUUCUCCUCCAUCCUCUUCUCCCCUCUCCUCCUCAUCUUCCCUCUCCUCCUCUCUCCUCCUCCAUCUUCUCCUCUCUCCUCCACCCUCUUCUCUCUUCCUCCCAGGCCAGCACAGACGCAGGUACGGCUGGUGCCAUCGCCCCCCACCACGUGCGCGCCCACUCGUCCCCGGCCUCCCUGCAGCUAGGGGCAGUAUCUCCCCUGUUGGGCAUGGUCCCUGCUGGCGCCCCCCCAUCACACCUCCGACAGUCGUCUUAUGAGAUCCCGGAGGACAUGCCCCUGCCCCCGGGCUGGGAGAUGGCCAAGACCCCCUCUGGACAAAGAUACUUCCUCAAGUAAGUUUAAUAAUAGCACCUUAUGUACGUUAACUCUCUAUACCUGUGUAAUAAUGCUGUUAUUAAGAGCCAGGAACAGCCCUGUAGGCCCUGGUCGAAAGCAGUGCACUAUUGGAACAUAGUGUCUGGGGCUUCAGUUUACAGCUAAAAUAAUGGUUCAAUGGAGCCUCCCCUCUUGCCAGACUCUGCUUCAGUGUACUCUACACAGGACAAGACAAGACAGGACAAGACAAGACAGGACUGGGGGUAAACUAG